AUGUCAUCUAUGGUUGCAGGUACCUCUUCUUCAUGUUCUGCCACCUUCCCCACAAUCAAAAACUCUCAUCUCACACCUUCCAAGACACUCACUCCUCCAUCCCAGAAAACUUCUUUGCUAGGCCUCUCACUUUAUGAAGCCAAAAGAGGUGUUUCAGGAUCUUCCUCCAUUGCUAGAAGGAGACUUGAGAUAACUGCAAAAACUGCUGGAGCUUCAAAGACAAUUGAGGCUGAAGUUGAUAAGCCACUUGGUCUCACUUUAGGCCCAAAGAGUGGCGGUGGUGUUGUCAUAACUGCUGUUGAAGGUGGGGGGAAUGCAGCAAGAGCAGGGUUAAAGUCAGGUGACCAAGUUCUUUACACCAGCAGUUUCUUUGGAGAUGAAUUAUGGCCAGCAGAUAAGCUUGGAUUCACUAAAACUGCAAUCCAAGCUAAGCCUGAUUCUGUCUACUUUGUUGUCAGCAGAGGUGCUAAUGUAGAUGUUAAAAGGCUUCCAAAGCGUCCUGCUCCUCCUCGCUUCGGGAGAAAAUUGACAGAAUCACAAAAGGCUAGAGCUACUCAUAUUUGCCUUGACUGUGGAUACAUAUACUUCUUACCAAAAUCCUUCAGUGACCAGCCGGAUACAUACAACUGUCCACAAUGUCAAGCACCGAAGAAUAGAUUUGCUCCAUAUGAUGUUAACACAGGAAGAGCUAUUGGUGGUGGAGGGUUGCCUCCAAUCGGAGUUAUUAUUGGACUAGUGGCUGGGUUAGGUGCUGUUGGAGCUUUGCUUGUUUUUGGUCUGCAGUGA